AUGUUUAGUAAAUAUAAAUGCAUUUCCACUGGGGCUAACCUCCCAGACCUCCCUACCAUUCUCAUCUGCCCGACCAAUCUCCAUGCUCAACUCACGAGCGAGAUCGAACAUUAUUUACGUCGCGGAACCUUCGACCUCUUGCCUUACACCGGCAAACUCCAACAGUGCGAGCAAUGGUGGGAAACUAUAUGGACACAAUCAAAAAUGUCUCCUGGGCGUCGCAUCGCAUUAGCGCCUCAAACUGCAUUACAGAGUGAUUCUGACACUAUCUGGGUCGCUUCUGACAACGACACUGGGGCACAGCCGCGUUUUGCAUUACUACACAACAAAUGGGUGAAACAGACGGUAUACGGACAACAAUGGGGCCUAUUCGUGAUGGAUGAAGCUCAUGUCGCGCGCAAAUAUAAUAAGAUUUAUGUCGCUGUCCAGGCCCUUCGUCAGCAAGCCAAUGUCACAAUCGCGCUCACCGCUACACCCGUGCUAACAAAACCAUUGGAUCUAUGGCACGUCGGUCGCUUUAUUGGUGUGCCAGGAUUUGAAGGAUCCGACAACACUGAUGAAUACAGGACGAUGAACAAAGAGAUCAACACCUCCCAAUGGAAAGAUCGAAGGUCAAGAAAACAGGAUAAUCUCGACACGACUCUCCUCCGGGGUGUCAUGAUCGGCAACGAUAAAUACGCGAAUGAGGAAGCCCAGCUAUUAGAUCCUUGGAUUACCACUUGUAAUCAAAGGUUCAGACGGUUCAGACAGGGAAAGUUCAGACAGCAGAACCUCGCAACCGUGUAA